AUGAUGGCCGAGCAAUCACACAAGCAAGCCCUACUAACCACCUGCGCGGCCGGUAACCUCCAAACCAUCCAAUCAUACUUUACAACCUACAACACGCUCCCAGGCUCCCAGGUACUAUGGCUCGAGAUGGAUAAAAGUCCCCCGUCUACCUGGAAACUCGUUACUGCGGCGAUAACCCACGAGAAUGUAGCUGUGAUAACGUAUCUACUAUCAAUAUACACCGUCGGCGAUAUUAGCUAUGAAGAAAUCGCCUCGGCGCUUAUCCAGCACCCGAAUCUUGGAAUCAUCUCCCUUCUCUAUGCCCACUCUCCCGAAAUCGUCAACCUCGAAAUAGAUCCUCACCGGACUUUACUGACUGAAACUUGCCGCGGCUGUCGGGAUUCUAUCAAAUUGACGCUCCCGCUUCUGCACUUCCUUCUCAACCACGGUGCUGAUCUGUAUGCGGGCGGAGUCGGUGCUAGUCGAGGGCUCUUGUCGGCAGUUGAGUCUGGACAGCCGUGGGAGGUAAUUGGGAAGAUGUCUGAGUGUGGUGCUUCUGUGAAUGUUCUUGUCUUUUGGGCUGCGGCUCGAGUGGAACGGGUUGAUGGCUCAAGGGGCUUUUUUGAGAUUGGGAGGCUUAGUGGGGUUCUUUUGGCUGGGAGCAUGGUGGAGAUUGCGAAGGGAAUUGGGGAUGAGGAGGUUAGGGCUGUUGUUGAAGGGGGUAUUUAUGGGAUGGAGUAG